UGCGACAGCAGAUUGAGGACUUCCCAAAUCGUAGCACAAAUGUGAGCGAUAAACACAAAUGUCAUGCUUUGACACGUCGCGUUGUGUCGCGUUAGCGGUCCGUUUCCUGCGGCGGGUUUGAUGUCAGCAUCACUCCCUCCAUCACACUCACCUGGCCUGCUCUGCUCUCUGUUUUCCUCUCGUUUGAGCCGUCACAUCGCCUGAUGUUCCGUCGGCCCUUCUCGCGGCCGUAGGUCAAGUGACUCCAUAGGAAAAUGUAGCUUUGGGUUGUUACCCCACAAAAUCCAUACAUCCAGAUACAGGUGUUGCUUUGUGAACAAUGCACGAGUGAUGUCUGAUGUCGAGGCCACGUAUGCAGACUUCAUCGCCUCUGGCAGGUCGGGACGCAGGAACGCCCUGCACGACAUCCUGCAGAGUCCCAGCGACCCGGACGGGCGAGAGCUGUCCCUCACCCUCUCUCUGUCCCAGCUUCACAUCAACACGGGAGGGGGAGAUGGAGACGAUGCCGAGGACAGCCAGAGCUCCUCCGGCUCAGCCCAGAGGGAGGCGGCGCAGAGGAACAGCUAACUGGCCUCACGCUGCUGCCGGCAGACGCAGGGCUGCAGGACGGAUCGCAGGCUCUGCCGUGAUGGAUGGAUCCGUCCUAAGAGGACUGGCCGGUGGAGGGUAGAGGCGUUACUGCUGAAGGAUUCCUAAAAUGCACUGAAGAGGCGCUGCGACGCGAUCACUCAGUGCUCCUUGUGGCUGUGCUGCACUCUGGCAUCACUAGGGUGCUUCUCAGAACCGGUGCUACGCAGAAUGACGAAUUUUUAUCUCUUCUCAAGCUGAUUUUACUUUCAACUGUCUGUAACACACAGACCGACUGGGUGAAAUAGAAAAAAUAGUGAACUUUUGUAGCGAUUUUUAGUAAAAACCACUGAGAGCUGAUAGGAUGGGUCACAGUAGAAGUAGCAUGUAUGUAGAAGUGGUGACGCUUGUUAAAGACUGUUGCCGGUUAAUGGCUUGUGCUUCCUUUGAAUUGACGCCACGGUGGAGGGAUGUGGCAGAACCAAAGCACUGAGGCCUUAUCUGUGCACGUGUGCUGAAGUGUGUUCGGUUUUGUAUCGUAGAGAGCAGCAGGUCCCAGCAGUAGCGGGCUGGUAACAUCAUCAGCAAUAUCUCAUUUGCUUGCUGGUUAAUGAAGAGACGGUGGUUUACUAUCCUUCCAAAAGGUUUCUACUUCUUUUUUUAAAUUAUUUUUAAAACUUUUCUAACAACGACAUAAUCAUCAAAACCUUAUCAGAAGUGUGUCGGGUUCAUGCUGAGAGUUGGACGAGAGCUGGAGGUGUCAGAGGGGUGACCUGGUUGAAGAAGCAGUGAAGCACUUGGCUUUGCUGUAACAAAAUCCACUUAAACAUGGUUAUGUUGUUAUAAAAAUUUGAAAAAAAAAGAAGUAAAAGUCAUUAUAAUACAAAUUUGAGCACACUCGGAUGAAGAGCUAAACCAUGCUGCUUUAUUUCUAAGUCGAAUAGUCUAGUUUGGUCUGAACAGUUCAGUCUUUCUGUUCUGCAUUUACAUGCCUCCCAACCUGCGAUCACCGGCGCAGCAGUCAGAUUAGAUGUGAUAGUUUAUCAGAUUCCAGGACACCUGUGAUUUUAUUUCCAUCUGCUUUGGUGCACAUAAAAAUGAUCCACGAACAAAGACGUCUCAGUUUGCAAUCGUCUGCAAUUCUCAGCAUGUUUGUAUUGAAAACAUUCACCAGAGAAACUGUAAAAGAGGGUAUCGGAUAACUAUUAGCUCUAACUUAUACACAAGUAAAAUGAAGUGGUAUUAAAAAAAACUGUGCUCACUUUUGUUGCAGGAUGUUUGGGCUGAACUGGUUCAAGCAGGAAGCAGCUUCCUGCCUGCCAGUUUAUACUCCACGGAUAAAGUAGGCGUGCACAGUAAUCAAAGAACAUAGUUAGACGAGUGUUAGUUUGUGAGCUUUGUAGGUGUUUGCACUGUUUUUUCCCCUCAGAUUUGUCAUUUAACUUAUGCUCACUGCUGUCAGCUACUGUAUAUGGAAAUGGGUUAAAAGUUUGACCAGCAGGUAAAAGUUGGAGGUAACCACUGUGACAUCACUCACUGGUUUGUGGAUUUUGAAUACUCGUGUUUUGGAUUUUGCUUUCCCAUCCUCAGAUUAAAUGUGAUUAGAGAGCAGUGGGUCUGAGGGGGAACGUUUGAAGCCCUUAAAUCACUAGAAAGUUUAAAAGUUAAAAGGGACCAGUUCACCAACACAGGGCUGCACACGGAGACCCCAGGAGGGAAGUUUCCUCACCGACAUUUGUGCAUUCUGAUCAUUUUUUUCUAUUUUUCUUUUGCAACCUUUAAAAAUAGUGCCAACUCUUUUUUAAUAUAUCAAUUGUACUCGCCACGUAAUAAUUUAUCAAAGCACCGUCUCACAUAUGCACUCACUGUGUUGCAAUACAUCAGUGAUGUGUCGGUCACUCAUGCUGAACAUAUCAGUGCAAGGAUAGAUAUUAUUACCGCAGACACUUAAAGAUUAACAGUGACACGAUUAGCCCUUAAACCAGGGGUGUCAAAUGUGCGGCCCGUGGGCCGCAUGCAGCCAGGGAGAGAUUUUCAUGCGGCCCGCGAGAAGUUUCCAACGCAAAAAAACUAAAUGUUAAUUUACUAAAAAGGAAGACAUUAAUAAUUGCCAUGAAUCGCAGCAUAUCCGAUAAUAUAUUUCUUCUACAAAUCCAUCGUUAUUCCACAAAGAGAGCAGUUUUCGACAUUUUUUUCGUUUUCUAGAAUGCAUUUGCCAAUUUUAUUUCUUUGUAGACGGUCGUUUAUUUUUAUUAACUGACUACCAUUAUAUAUUUUCGCAGGAAAGAUAUCACUGCUAAAAAAGAUGAUAGAAGAUAUUUAUUCGGAGAAUUUCAGUUUUGAAUACGAGGAUAAUGACAAAGUAAAACAGUUAAAAGACAAGUGCUGACUUUUUCGGCACACUGGCGUAAAUAUCCGCGCCAAUUUUUAAAAAUAAAUACACUUAAUUGUACUGGAAAAAUCUCUAAAUCACAAAGAAUCACUCUCGGAUGUAAUAAGAAAGAUUUUGCUUUUAAUAAAAUUUCCUAUAAAAAAGCGAAAUAUAAAAAAAACACACUUGUUAAAAGUAUCUUACAUAAUU